AAAAGAAAAAAAGGAAUGCGACACCGUUUCAUAUUCGAAGACUUAAACGACACCGAGCAGCCCCCGAAAUUCUCUCAUAUUCUGUUUCAAGUGAAAAUUACAAAUCACAAAGCCAAUACUAUCGCCUCCGCUAGAUCCAUCGCUCUCGUAGGUUGACCAUGGCAACCAAGUAUAUAAUCUCGGCUCUAGCUGGAUCAUUUGCAAUUGCCUAUGUAUGUGACCAACUCAUUUCUGACAAGAAAAUAUUUGGAGGAACUACCCCUCAUACAGUUGCGAACAAGGAUUGGUGGGAAGAAACUGACAAGAAAUUCCAGGCUUGGCCUCGAACUGCAGGGCCACCAGUGGUUAUGAACCCAAUUAGUCGUCAGAACUUCAUUGUGAAGCCCCGUGAAUCUUGAAUUGAAUAUUAGCAUGUGAUCUGUUCAAUUAGUGGUUGCUAAUACCUUUUGUUGGUAAUGUUUUGUCUGGUUUUAGUAACUUGAGACAUAUCCACAAAUAGAUGAGGCGAGGCCUUUGUUUCCUUCAUAUUUGAAACACACUUCCAGGAUAUGCCUUUGGUUUACAAAUGCUAUUUUCAUUGCUAAAUAAAAACAAAUGAUUCAGAAUUA